AUGUUCAGAUCCGCUAUAUUACGUCGGAUUCUUCUGGCACCACCCGCCGUCCGAACCUCGCUCCUCCCAAUUGCUUCACGAACCUCUUUCAACUCAAUUUCUGCUCGACAAUACGCUUCUGUCCCGAACGUUGCCCAGACUUCCUUCUGGCUCAGUCUGAUCCCUAAACCACUGCGCAAAUCUUCUCCCAGGGCAGCGCUGAAGAAGAAAGCCAAGUCGAAAGAAUGGAAUCCAGCCACGUUUUUCAUCAUAAUUUUCCUGCUGAUAGGAUCAAUGUCUAUUCAGAUGAUAGCACUGAAAAAUGAAUCUGCCGCCUUCACCAGAAGGGCAGAUGCGAAAAUUGGCUUGCUGAAAGAGAUCAUUGAGAGAAUCCAAAACGGCGAGGAGGUCGACGUCGAGGGAUUAUUGGGCUCUGGAGACAAGGAGAUGGAGAAAGAGUGGGAAGAAGUGCUACAGGACAUUGAGAGGGAGGACCAAGAAUGGCAGCAAUCACGGAGAACGAAGCCAAAACACGGCCGAAAUCUUGAAUCGACGGACAACACACCAAUAACACAAACACCCGAAGCAAAGGAUAUACCUAAAGCCCCAGAAGCCAAAGGAGAUUCGACAAGGAAAGCUCCCGUAGGAUUCUACUAA